GCUUAACAUUGGCCUUUUGAGACAUUGCAUGGAAGAGAUGGCGGCAGCUGAGGCGCUUGAGAACUUGAUCUCUGAAGCACCUAUUGUGCAAGAGUUGAAGCGCCUCGAUGAUCAGAUGUUGGAAGCACAGAAGGAGUACGAGCGUGAGAUUCAAAAACUCCGACGAGUGUACCAAGAGCGGCAGAUGCCCUUCCUCGAGGAGCGCGACAAGGUGCUCGCCCGCAGUGAGGGCUCCGAAGACCCGUCCACCGGGACGCCGGCCUUGAAAGGCUUUUGGGUCCAGGCGCUCCUGAACCACCCGGGGUUUGAGGAUGAGAUUGAGUCCUACGACAUCCCUGUCUUGGAAUACCUCAGGACGAUUGAAGCAGAGGACUUGGACAAGGAGUUUGCCGACAAAGGUUUCAGGUUGAUCUUCCACUUUGCGACCAACCCUUACUUUAGCAACAGUAGUCUCUCACAGGAGUACCAUUUGGAUGAGCCGAAUCGGUACAACGGCGAGGUGAAUGUGAAGGAGAUGGCUGGUUGCAAGAUCCAAUGGAAGGCAGGGCAAGAUGUCACCAUGGGCAAAGUGCAGAAAGGAGGGAAAAAGAAGAAGUCGGGCAAGGAGAAGAUCAUGGAGCCGCGGAAGUCCUUCUUCCGGAGCUUCUUUCGAAGCCUGAAGGAGGGGCAAGAUCUACCUGAGGACGUCGACACACAACAGCUUUGUAUGGAGAUGGGUGAUGAAGACAUGGACGAGGAGGAGAUGGUGGAGGCACUGAUGGAAAACGGCUAUGAAUGCGGCAUGGCACUACGAACACAAAUCCUGCCAUACGCGGUUCGAUGGUACACUGGAGAAGCAGCACCAGAUGAUGAGGAUGAUGAGGAGGAAGAGGAGGAAGAAGAAGAGGAUGACGAUGAGGUGGACGUCGAGGAGGACGCGAGACAAGAAAGAAAGGCUAAGAAGAAGGAGAAGAUUGAGCAAGCUGCGCAGGAGUGCAAACAGCAGUGAGAGCAGUGAUCAACGGAGGCCCAAAACCGGCCUCUCCUUCUGGGCAGAAUUGGGUGUUUGUGGGUCAGUCUCGUCAAGAACUCUGGCCCCGCUGGGUGCGCAGCAGCGCGAGCCUGGCUUGCUCGCAAGCAGCGGGAGCUCGAAGAAGCAGAAGACCAGGAGCCACAUGUCUUGGACACCCCAAGCUAUGGCAGGCUUGGUGACCUUACUAGGGAAGACAAAUGAGUUUGUCUACGUUUCCGGAUGCCC